AUGGCUUCUCAACCCCAAGGAGGCGACUUUUGCCUCGAAUGUCGCUGGGAAGGGUUCCAUAUUGACGGGAAAGACCAGGAUGAUUCCUCAGGCACUCAACCCCAGCCUGAGUGGAAUUGUACUGAUGCUGAACACCACACAUCGCUGGCCCGGUGUGAAGUCGAUGAGGCUUGUUGUGAUGUGGAUGAUUGCGCAGAUGACUGUCAAUUAGACUGUGGGUCAAUUUGCGACGGCUUCGUGGACUGCGAUGCCUCGACUGUUUGCUCUGUUGCUCAUUGUGAUGAGACGCAUUGCGAAAGCACGGACCCUGUCUGUUUUGAUGAACACUGCUGCGAUGGCACUAAUGACGAAAAUUGCGGCUUUGACUCCUUUUUUGGCCUCGAUACCCCGUUGUCGCUAGAUGCCUCUGCCAUUCUCCCACCUUCAACGAUGGGCCAACAUCCUGUCGAUGAAACCGGAAAGCUCCCGGACCAUACUGCCUUUGGAACUAUUGACCCAUGCUACCAGUAUGACUUCCUUUCUUCAUAUCAGACACAUGCCACCCACUGCGACCAGAAUGUUCCCAACCAUUUUGGGUGCCAGGACUUUCGGAAGGACUGGGAAGGCAUGUUCACCAACCAGCCAUAUCCUGGCCAGGUCGACGUGAAUCCAGCGGAAGUCUUCCACAUGCUUGGGAUGUGCUCGGACUACGCUGUUUGCCAUGACCAGCACGCCAAUAACAGUCACCUCCAUCAGCAGUCACACGAGCACCAUCAUCUUCAACCCGGACUGACCGCUCUCGAGAAACCGAAAGACGUUGUCGACUCAUCCUUGGCUGCUUUGGAUUGUGUUCACCCAGAGCACCAUCAUCUCCACGGCCACUUCAAGAACCCUAAUGACCUUAACCUCAACAUUACUCACGGACCUCACCGUAAUCAUCACCGAUGCCGAACUCAUCACCACCACCCUCACCCAUACUCCCCUUAUUCGCGGAAAUCUAGAUCCAGCAUCAGCUCGCAUCUUCUCUCCAGUCCCGGAGAGACUCCACCGCCCCUGGAUGGGGGUGUGUCAUCUGUCUUGACGACGCCAGACUUCUCCGCGGAGGACAGUGACUUCCAUAUUUGCAAGUGGACAACAAGUGUCCAUGGCGUGAAAACCCACUGUGGAGCUACCUUUGCAGACUCUGGUACUCUUCAGGAACACCUUGUGUCUUGUCACAUGAACACAGUCGAUGGUGUUAAAGGUACCGGAUACUAUUGCUGCUGGGCAGGCUGCCAUCGCCCGGAUGAACCAUUCUCCCAGAAAUCCAAGCUCCAGGGUCAUUUCUUGACGCAUAGCAAUUAUAAAAAUUUCAGGUGCUCUGUUUGUGGAAAGGCAUUCGCUCGACAGGCCACCUUGGACCGCCAUGAGCGCAGUCAUCGAGGGGAUAAGCCCUACAAAUGCACACAAUGCGGAAAGACAUUCACCGAUAGUAGCGAGCUGAAAACACAUUCGCGAACUCAUACUGGAGAGAAACCCUUCAAAUGUACAUAUCCAGGAUGUAAAUUCGAAACUGGCGAUUCAUCGAAUAUGUCCAGCCAUCGAUUGACACACGGCGAACGAAAACAUAAAUGCUCGUUUCCUGGCUGCACGAAAAGCUUCACAAGACCUGACCAACUGAAACGCCACCAACGGACAACGCACAAGGCAGAAUCCUCCUCCACGCUCCCAUCUCCUAGCCCAGACAACUUCACCCUCACCUCAUUCGCUGCCGUUUAA